GUCUUGUCCACUUGACUCCAAAUCGAGACUGGGCAGAACACAUGUCAUGUGAUUGUCAACUUUGAACCGAGAUAGAACCAUGGCAGCAGCAGAGAAGAAGGAGCACCUGUAUAAGAUUUUGGUAAUAGGAGAGCUUGGCACAGGAAAAACCAGUAUUAUCAAAAGAUAUGUUCAUCAGUUCUUCUCACAGCACUACAGAGCUACUAUAGGUGUUGAUUUUGCACUGAAGGUCAUAAACUGGGACUCCGACACACUGAUAAGAUUACAGCUAUGGGAUAUUGCAGGUCAAGAAAGGUUUGGGAACAUGACCAGGGUCUAUUACAAAGAGGCUGUAGGAUGUUUUAUUGUAUUUGACGUGACGAGAGCGUCAACGUUUGAUGCUGUGCAGAAAUGGAAGAACGACCUAGACAGUAAAGUACAACUUCCUGAUGGUAGCAGUAUACCAUGUGUAUUGUUAGCAAACAAGUGUGAUCAAGCCAAGGAGGGUCUGGUCAACAAUGCGGGUCAGAUGGACGAGUACUGUAAAGAUAAGGCGUUUGCUGGCUGGUUUGAGACUUCUGCUAAAGAGAAUAUCAACAUUGAUGAGGCAGCAAGGUUUUUGGUGACAAAGAUUCUAGCAAAUGAGGAACAUAUGCAGACAAAUGAAGAUGGGCCAAAAGACUCUAUCACAAUAACAAGUAGUAGCUCUUCUAUGCCUGGAGAAAAGAAAAGUUGUUGCUAGCAACAGAAAAGCUAGUCUUUAUGCAAAUAUGUAAUAUGCUCAUCAAGGGAUGGAAUUUUCAGUUUUGGCUAAAUGAUUUGAAAAAAGGAACACAUGAACAAUUUUUUGGAUGAUUUUUUUUCUGAUGUAAAUAUUGUCAAUAUGUUUAAAUCAAAUGUCCACAUGGACUAGUGAAAAAUAGUCAUGUUAAUACUUGCAAUUAAUGAUAUUAGAACCGUGUGUAAGUGCCUAGCAUUACUUGUAAAAAGAACUUGGAUUGGUCAGUUAAAGAAUUGUAAGGAUGUUUGCACAAAAUGUGAUUAAAGCCAAGAAUGGAUAAUUGUGUAUUUAUUUUCUAAAAUGCCGAAGGAUAUCAUGUUAACGUCCUGUAUACAGGAAUUAAUUAUACUUUGUCAUGAAUGCAUACAAAUAUGAUCAUAUUGGUAUCAUAAUAAGUACCGUGUAUGUUGUCAGUUUAGAAUGACUGCGCGACCUUUUUGAAUGGGGAAUACAGGUAGGACUCAGCAGGUUUUCAUAUCAAAUAAUCUGUUAACAUUUUACUAUGUUCAGUGGGCUUGCUAUUUAUACUUAAAAUAUUUAUCUCCUCUGAAAGAAAUUAACAGGAUACUUGUUGGAGUUUUAUAUACCCAACUUGAAAUAUAAUAAAUCUUUUGAAAAUUGCUGAAAGUUUUGCAACAAAAACAUUGAAUUGUAUAGCAAUCUUGUUUUAUCUUAAAUUAAAAAUCACUAUUGUUAAGAGGUCAUUUAGUAUUGGUUCAAGUUAGCUAGUCGUCGGUUUUCUGUAGAGGUUUUUGAGUAGACUUGUUAGAUGUUUACCGGUUAUUCUCGCGAUUGAUCAUAGCCCCCAAACUUAAGUAUUGGAUGGAAAAUUCGCUGAAUUCAAAAUGUAAUUUAUUGUAUUUGGACGUGCUUCAAAACAAAGUUUGAAUAUACUGUACAGGGUCAAGAUCAUUAUGGUACAAGCACUGGAAAUACGUUUGCCUUUGGAUUUACAUGUACAAUUUCCUGUGCCUUUUCAAGUCUCGUAUUAGUAUUUAUAAAGACAUGAAAAUAAGACUGCUUAUCAUGAUAAUGACGUUCUUAGAUUACAUCAUAUGUUAUGAUAGAAAAUGUAUAUGUAAGUUGUAAUUUUGUCAUUUAUAUUAUCACUGUAAUGCUGCAUAUCAUUCCACAAUUUUUUUAAAACUUAAAGCUGUCGAUAUAUGUAGGAAAUGCACGAAUGUCGGACAGGCUGGCAUUUUUCAUUGGCAUCGAAACUGCGUGUACGGCGCGAAGUAAUGUUGAUAAAAGUUACUUUACCUAUAAUAGACUUCUACGAUGUACCGGUAGAUGAAAAUAAUUUUGGUUAAUUUUGUAUUUUUAUUCAGGGAUUUCAUUUUUUUAUAUAUAUUUUCUGCCUUCUGAUGUAUUACUGAGUACGUACAUGUACACAAACCGCAAUAGGUUGGGAUUUAUAUGGUAUUCGUAUUGAAAGGCUAGUGAUCUCAAAGUUUGAUUUUUGUCACGCGGUGGAUAUUUGUUAGGUUCCUAAUCUAAAAUAUGAUAUCUUAACUAGUAUGGUUACAUAUUGAUGUAACGACGACAUCCGGGACAUCUAGCUGUGACCUAAAUACUGAAUGACGUCACAUAAGCGAGACCACUGGCACGUAAUCAUUCCCACUAUACCAGUUUAACUUCACUGUGAGGUUUAACAUUACUAAAUGGAGCGGAAUGGUUGACUCUGAAUACCCGUACUUAAAGUACUGAAAUGAUUAGGGGGAUAAUACAAAUAAAGGUGUUAAAGUCAUAGAGUAAAGGUGGCAGUUCAUGUUGAUGGUAUUAUGGAUUAUGUAUUAAAAUUGAUGUUUUGUAAAUAAAUAUAAUUUACAUAA